AUGGUCAAGCCCAAAAGCAAAGGCGGCAACGUUCUUCCCCUCGUCCUGCUCCUCCUCUUUGUCGCUGUCCUUGCCGGCGUUGGCUACGUCGUGUACACAAUUGUCCAAGAUGUGAGCAAGAACACGCGCGCAAAGAUGGAGCGCAAGCAUAUCGCCUUUACAAAGGAUGGAAUGAAGGUCCAGGUGAAGGAGCUCCAGGAUGAGCAGUACAAAGAUCGGACGCAGAGCGUCCUGGUCAACGUGUGGAACCACACAAAGUUCCCAGCAUAUAAGAGUCGCCUGUGGGGUUUGUCCGGCGAGCAGGCCAAGCAGGAGGGCCUUGAGAUGCGCAAG